CUCGCGGGAAGCGUUUCCAGUGUUUACAGCGUGAGUGAGCAUGGCGGCGCAGCUGAAGGAGCGGCUGAAGGACGCAGUAAAGAUUUUGGGAUGUGGCAGUGCUGUGUUCCUGGGUUACCUCACUGUGUCUGGAGAUGAACGGUUCUAUGCUAGCGCCCUCAUGCCUGUCCUGCAGAAGCUGAUAGGAGCAGAAACAGCUCAUGUGAUGGCUGUGCGGCUCCUCAGUCUCGGCCUGGUGCCCAGAAACCGCUACCAGGACCCUGCCUCACUGGAGGUGAAUGUGAUGGGUCAAAGAUUCAGAAACCCUGUUGGGAUCGCCGCAGGCUUUGACAAGCAUGGGGAGGCAGUGGAUGCUCUAUACCGGUUGGGAUUUGGCUUUGUGGAAGUGGGCACGGUCACCCCUAAGCCGCAGGAGGGAAACCCCAAACCUCGUGUGUUUAGACUUGAAGCUGAUCAGGCAGUCAUUAACAGAUACGGGUUCAACAGCUGUGGCCUGUUAGCCGUUCAGGACAGAUUAAAAGCCAGAGCAUGUGUUCAGUCGGAACUCACAAGAGCAGGCACACCUCUUGGCAUCAACCUAGGUAAAAACAAGCUGUCCACUGACGCGGCGGCUGAUUACCUGGAGGGCGUGCGGACUCUCGGCCCCCUCGCUGAUUACCUGGUGGUGAAUGUUAGCAGCCCCAACACUCCUGGCCUCCGAAACUUGCAGGGCAAAGAAGAACUGCGCCAUCUUCUGGAGAAGGUACUGAAAGAGCGUGACUCUCUGCAAGGGACGAACCGGCCGCCAGUGAUGGUGAAGAUUGCUCCUGAUCUUUCACAGCAGGACAAACAAGACAUUGCUGAGGUCAUCACAGAGCUUGGCUUGGAUGGCUUAAUAGUCUCCAACACCACGGUAUCCAGACCUGAGACUCUGCAGGACCCCAAAAAGAAUGAGACUGGGGGGCUCAGUGGUCAGCCUCUCAAAGAGCUGUCCACUUGCGUGGUGCGGGAGAUGUACACCUUGACGAAAGGGAAGGUGCCCAUUAUUGGAGUGGGUGGAGUAGCCAGUGGUCAGGACGCCCUGGAUAAGAUCCGUGCCGGAGCCUCACUAGUUCAACUCUACACAGCGCUGGUGUACCAGGGACCUCCUGUUGUCAACAAGAUCAAAAGGGAACUACAUGAGCUCUUAAUGGCACAAGGAUUCACUAGUGUAUCAGAAGCAGUGGGUGCUGACCACAGGACGUCUGAAGGUGCGACACUAUUGCAUGAUCCUCAGAAGGACUGUGCUCAUCACGACGCCAAAUCUGCAGCAGUUUCAGUGAGCUAGGCCCUAGAGCACAGCCCAGUUGUCGUGCAUUUACUUAGACCCCGAGAGCAGCCCAGGAUACAGCAGAGUGAAGGGUCCAAAUCAAACUUAUUUUUCUCCUUGAGGCGGUCAGAUUUGAGAGUAGAGCUGAGCGAUUGUCACGUGAUCCUAGGCAGAAAUGACUCUGUCAGUGUUUGAACUUGGUCUAAAUCGGAACUGAAAAGUUCUGGGUGGAGGCGAUUGAUCGCUGCAUGGACUUCAAGGAAAACAUCAGCUCCAUAUCUGAUGUGGGGGGAAAAAUGUUUUGAUCUAAUGUGACUGGCUGUCUAAACAAAGCCUCCCUGUGAGUUUAAGUAUCAUGGUUGAGGAAUCACAGGAGAACACGCACGAACAGAGACGAGGAUCGACAGGAUCAAGGGGCAGUUUCAUGAAGAUGGACCAUCUUUUGUAAUCAUGUUGUGUCUUGUCUGUUAUCAUCUAAUAAUAAUAAUUAUGAAUAAUGAAA